UGGGCGCGUGGAACUGGACGUUGAGGUUGUUUCCGGUUUUUUGUCUGUAUUGUCUUGCUUGUACCUAGAAGUUGAUAUAUAUCCACCGCCGAAAAUUGAGAGAUAAAGAACAUCGCCAGGCUGGUGGGUUUGGUCCACGAAAGGAGUGUCUUGCUGCUCCUGUAGGACUGGCAGCUGCAGCUGCAUGAUGUACUAUUACAGCAGGUGGCUGUUGCCAUCUGCAACUGCCCUCUGCCGACGGGCGCUCGUCACAUCUGCCACACAUAAUGCCCUUCCAUCUAUGACAGCUGGUCAACUUGGAAAAAAGGUUGCUAAGGCUGGCAAGUUGGGAUCGCCGACAGAGAAAACGGUGCUGCCCGUCGAGACGGACCCCCACCGGCUGGUGCAGUACUGCUGCGGCAGUAACAUCCUCAUCGAGGGCGAGGACAUUCAGCUGGCGCCCGACUCAGACUACCCGGACUGGCUCUGGGAGCUGGACACGUCAGCUGGACACGCCGCGCUCCUCCUCUGGAAGUCGCUCUCUCCGGACUCGCUGCAGUACUGGUGGCUCGUCCGCAACAAGGCCAUCCGGAGACAGAACCAGCUACUGGCCAAGAAGAAGCUCAAGGGUUAGGCGUUGGUGGUGCGUCGUCUGCGACGAGGGGCGGACUCGCCACUCGCGGGAUGUGGAUGCGGCGGAUUAUCGCGGGCCGGUCGACGAUGUGGACGCGCCAUUGCGAGACUUGUGUUGUGUGUCUGUGUGGCAA